AGACGGCAGAGAGGCGGACAGACAGGAGCACAAACAGGGGCAGCGGAAGAGAGGGAAAAGUCAAAGAACGGUGGAAUUAAGAGGAAAUAACACAUCAGGCACCCUGGGAGGGAGACACAUGAGCAGGGAUGGAGGAAGAAAGGGAGGAACGGGCAGAGAGCACCCAGAGUGGGACGAUUUCUACCCAGGUUGACACACCGACUCAGAGCUGCAGAGAGGAGAACAGAGAGCCCCAAAACUUCCAGGAACCGGAGGAGGACGACCAGGCCGAGAGUGCAGCCUGUGAUGGAGAGGUAGAGCCCAGUCAGGUCAGGGGGGAGGAUCUAUGUAUCAGUGACGCAGAGACCUUACCACAGGAGACUCUCAUAGCCACAAACACACAGGACGAUACUGACUGCCAGCCAUUGUUCCCCCUGCCAACAGAGGACGAGUUGACCCCCCCUUCAGUGUCAUCUCAUCCCUCCAACAAAACACAGAAUCGCCCAUCUGAACCCUGCUGGUAUUGCCUGAGGUCUCUUGACUCAGAGUAUCGUCCUGAAACUCCUGAACAGGAAGACUCGGAUCCUUUGUCACAGUCGCCCUCUAGUGGCCAGAAAGUGAGCUACCAGACAGACCCUCGACCUCACUUUGGCGUGGCUUGUUCCUUCCACUCCACAUGCCGCCCCCUGUGGGGCAGUGAGGGUCCCGGCUGGGGGCAAAGGAACCAGGAAGUGCCUGAUCAGACACACACCUGCCCCCAUUGCCAUCUGGGGCUGCCCCCUGACACACUGCGCUGGCAUGAGGUUAAGUGUCUCCUGUUUGAAGAGCAGAAGGACUCAAAGAAAUAAAUGGAGUCAUCAUCAGAGAAAAAUGUUGCUUUUACUUAAAACAAAGCUGUUUACUUUCUGUAUUAAUGCUCUCAGGAAAUACUAAUAACUAAUUGUUAUGUGCAAUAUCUGCCUCAUCUUGUAAACAACUCUCUGUUUACACUUACG